GCUUUAGACUCUGAAUUGUUUUUGGUUGCUUUGCUUGGGAGUUGGGAAUGAUUGAUUGUUUGGCAUCUGGGAAAACAAAGAUACACAAAUGGAGUAGAAAAGUGUGCAUGUUGAAUGAACUUUAAUUAUCUGCUAGACCUAAGACCCAAGUGAUUGCCUAGUUGAAAUAGAAAAGGAAAAUAAACGCAACCCUAUUUUGAAUCAUUAGCUUUCUUUUGUAACAAUUUACUAUCUAGGUGACCUUAGUUUCACAUAUAAUAUAUAUCUCCCCAAAGGGCAAGAGCCAUCAACUAGAAAGACAACUUCGAUGAAAGAAGAUUUCAAAGUUCUUCUGGCAUCUACCGCUUUUGCACUAUCAAACCCUGAGUGUGUAUGAAUCUUGAACCAUAACUUGUAUUUCUAAUAUGUGGACCAGUUUUGAUAUACUAGAUGCCAGGACCUCAAGGAGACUUGGGUUUGUUUGUCCUGCAAGGACGUCUUCUGUAGUCGAAUUGUGAACAGGCACUUCGUUGAGCAUUAUGAGCAGACAAAUCAUUGUCUUGCUGCCAGCUGCAGAUAUCAUCAAAGAAUUUGGUGUUUUCGCUGCGAAGCAUUGUUAGAUGCUCGAGUGAUCCCACAAUUGCGAUCCUUUCUUUCACCCUUCAAUGUGAGCUUCUUUGCUUUUGUUAUUUUUAUCGUCCACAUUCCAAUCACUCAUAUACUUUCGCAUGUUUAGGAGGAUCUAUCCUCCUCAUCCAAGCUAGAGAACAUUGAUGCGCUGAUGGUUUCUGUUACUGAUCUUAUAUCUAAGCCAGUUCCUAGCUUUGACUUUCGUCCAGCAGAUGCGCAGUCGUUGGUUGGGCACGAUGAGCUUGCAUUGGCCAAGGAGGGACUCCGGAAGAUCUUUGAUCGUGGGUUAGAAGCUUUAGCUGAUCAUCAAGUGCAAAAGGAGUUUCUCACUUACUCAGCCAUAUUUCUAGCAUACCAUCCAUCCCCAUCAGAGUUGAAGGACCUUUCAUCAUUCGGGGUUAAUCUUUCAGAGGAAACCUCUGCUUUCCUCCAAGCUCAACAUAAGUUGAAGGUGGCGUCAAACCUAUCAGCCUCAAUUACUCAGAAAAAGUUUGUGCUCCUGCAACAAGCUUCAAAGUAUGCUGAGGCGAAGAAAGAAAUUAUUGCCACGGAUGAGAAAUUGCCAACCUUAAGGCCAUGAUCAAAGAGUUGGAGUCCCAAAUAAAGAAUUUGGAAGCUUGUAUAGCCACGGCUGAGAGUGAUAGGGAGAAGACUCAUGAGGUUUUGGAUACCAUUGAUACACAAGUUACUACUGUGAGAGAUGGAUUAGUCUCA